AUGUCGGCGCUGCUGAAGUUCGCGCUCCUGCUGCUGUGCCUGCUCGGCACGGCGGUCCCCGCAACGCUCGCCAGGAAGCAGAGCAGCGUGGACGCCAAGGUGGAGGAACUGAUCGCGAUGGCGGCGAAGUCCCGCGACGGCGUCGUGGAGAUGGACGACCGCGCGUGGAGCCGGUUCGCCCACGGCAAGCAGCGCCCCUACUCCCUCGUCGUCUUCUGCAACGCGGGCUCCGACGUCGUCAAGAGCCCGCUCGUCCGCGAACGCCUCGACCACCUCCGCAAGGAGAUGGGCUACGUGUCCAAGGCGUACCGCGACCAGCACCGCGAGGGCGUCACGCGCGGCAAGGUCUUUUUCGCCCACAUCCACCUCUCGCACGCCAGCUCCGCCUUUGCACAGCUCGGCAUCUCCGCGCUGCCCGCCGUCAUCCACAUCGCGCCGUCCGCCAACCUCAAAGGCGGCUCCCGGUACACCACCCCCGCGGACGACGACAUGAAGGCCUCCGCGCCGGACCACGGCCUCUGGACCGCCGACGACUUCGCGGACUUUGUGCGCCAGCGCACGGGCGUGUCCGCGGCGGUCGUCCGGCCGUCGAUCUUCCGCUCCUGGUGGUGGCCCUUCUUCGCCGUCGGCUUCCUCGGCGUCGUCGCGUACGUCGGCGUCAAGAUCUAUCUCUCGCCCAUCGUGCGCUUCCUCCCGCUGUGGAUCCUCGGGGCUCUCGCGCUCUACACCUUCUCGGUCGGGGGCGGCCUGUACAACAUCAUCCGCGGCAUCCCGCUCGUCGGGCGCAACAACGAGGGCAAGGCGGAGUACUUCGUGCGCGGCGGCCACAUGCAGUGGGGCGCGGAGGGGUUCCUGAUGGCGCUGCACUAUCUGAUCUUCUCGCUCCCGCUCAUGGGCAUGUGGGCGGUCGCGACCAAGGUGCCCAGCCCGACGACGCGCCGCGUGCUCGCGUACGCGCUGCUGUUUCUGUCGUGGUUUGGGUUCCGUCAAGGGUUUGGGAACCUGAACUGGAAGACUGGUUACGCGCCGAGGUGGUUCGUGGACAUCCCCGUGCUGCGCGCGAUGCUCCCGUUCUAG